AUGUACGAGCCCAUACGAGGAGGAACGCGCGGUGGUCAGGCUGAAUUCAAGUGGUCCGACGUCUCCGCUGACAAGGAUAGGGAGCACUACCUCGGACACAGCAUCAACGCCCCCACUGGCCGAUGGCAGAAGAAUAAGGACAUACACUGGUACCAGCGCGAGAAGGAGCAGACAGAAGCGGACCGCCAGGCAGAAAUCCGCCGAAUCAAGGAGGCUGAGGCCGAGGCCCUUGCUAUUGCACUAGGUUUCGCACCAACCAAGUCUACGGACGCCACUGCGAAGUCCUCAGGAGCACCUGCUGCCUCCGGCACAAAUGCUCUACCGAUCGGGACAGGGUCCAAUGGCGAGCCCACUGCAGAUGCGGGCCCAGCAGCUGUUGCUGCCAUGAACGACAUGCAGCGCGCACUCGAGAAGGAGGAAAAACGCCGCCGGAAAGCCGAGCGCAAAGAGGCGAAGCGUGCUGCCAAAGAAGAGAAGAGAAGCGAACGACGUCGUCGGCGUCACGGCGACGAUGAAUACGAGCGCUCACCCAGUCGCAGCCACCACGGACGCCAUGAUGAGGACGAGGUGGAUCGCAGGCCUGGUGACGAUGGGCGUCGUCGGCACCCGCGUUCGCGCUCACCCCCACCUCGUCGUCGCUCAGCAUCACCGCCACGGAGGAGAGAUAGAACUCCACCACCGCGACGCGACGCAUCGCCCGGAGGAUACGACGAGAAAGAUCGGGAGCGCGAACGCGAGCGGGACAGGCGACGAUGGGAGCUGAAUAAUCGCAGCCGUUGA